AUGGAUACCGAAAAAAGUACAUUUAAAUGCUUUUCCGGCGAAAAGACAAUAAAAUUAUCGCAAAUAAAUGACGGAUAUCCAGAUUGUAAGGACGGAUCUGAUGAACCUGGAACAUCUACAUUUAUUAAUGGUUCGUUUUACUGUCAAAACAAAGGAUAUAUCGCCACUACAAUUCAAAAAUGGUCUGUAGGCGAUGGAGUAUGUGAUUGCUGCGAUGGAAGUGAUGAGGCAUUCAACUCGCAUGCAAAUUGCCCCAAUACAUGCGCAGAACUUGAAGCACAAAGAAUUCAACUUUACAAUAAACUUAACUCCAUCUACUCGGAAGGCUUUGCAACAUAUCUCAAACGCAUUGAAACAGGAAAAGAAAAAUUAUCAUCAGCAAGGAAAAAGAAAUUUGAGCUUCAAUCAUUAAUUAAGAAACUUGAAGAUGAUAAAAAGCGUGUAGAAGCUGCUAAAGCACUCCCUGAUCCUACACCAAUCCCAAUUUCCACACCAGAACCAAUCCCAACCCCAGAAAUUACACCAGAAACAAUCAAAGAUGAUACAGAGGAAAAAAUCCAAGCAUUGAACAAGAGAAUCGACGAAUUACGUGUUUUAGAAGGUGAAGGUUAUCCUGGCGCCACAGAAGAACUUAAACAAGCCAAAGAUGAACUCGAUCUUCUUCUCGAGAAGCAAAGCGAAGCAGAAGCAAAGAAAGAGGCAUCAAAUACACAAUCUGAUGAUGUUCCAACUAAAUCUUCCAAUAAUUUCGAAAAAGAUGAUGAAGAAAGCGAAAUCUACGCAGAAAAUGAAGAAGAACCAGGAGCAAAGUUGCUAGGAGAAGCCAUCAAAGCAGAAAAUCCAGAAGAAGUUAAAGAAGAACCAAAAGAAAAAGCAGAUGAAGAACCAUUAUGGAAGACAAUCAUUCGCGCUAUUUGGCAAUAUACAUUCUACGUUCCUGAUGUCAGGAGUUCUCUUGAGGAAGGAAUCAGGCAGAAAACUCUCGACGAUCUUGAUGAAAAACUCAGAAAAGCCAGAGAUAGCCUCAGAGAGCAAGAGAAGCUUUCAGAUCUUGAUGACAAGACAGAUCCAGCAUUUGUUCCUAUCAUUGGCAGCAAAUUUAAGACAGAUGAUGGCGAUUUCGAAUAUGAGGUCAUGAAAGAGCUCAAACAGUCAUACAACUCAUAUGGAAGAUACAAGGAAACAGAAGGAAAGAUCCAGAAGUUCAAGGAUGGCCAACAUUGCUGGAUUACUCAGGCAGGAAGAAAAACUGACAUGGAAUUGGUCUGUUGGAACAAGGAUAUGCUAGUUUCUGUAAUAGAGUCCGACCAAUGCUACCAUAAAGCCGUAUUUGCAACGCCGUCUGCUUGCGGAGAUAAGGAGGACCUCUCGAAGCUUGACGUAGGUCAGUUAAAGAGGAUCGCAGAUAAGGUGAACGCGAAGCUCUGA